ACCCCAGCAGCGUUCUGGGCGGGGGACUCCGGAAGAGCUGCAAGGAGGCUGAGGUCGGCUUGAGCCCGCGGCUGCAGCUCCGGAAGAGAAGUGGGGAGGAAGCCUCCGACUCUUCUGGCGACCCUUCCAACAGCCCCCUCUGACCGCAGCUGAGCCGGUGGCGGAGAGCAGAGCCUGGCGUGCCGCCUGUUCCGCAUGCUCGCGCCCGCUCGCCCCAUUGGUCUAGCUGCGAUCACGUGCCGGCUGGGGUUGGGGAGGCAACGGAGCCCUGCCCACCCUUUCGCUUCCUUCCCCAUCCAUCCUUCCACCCACCCAGCGGGCGACCCAGCGAGAGGGGAGCGACCAGCAGCCAUGGCCUGUCUCACCAUCUACAGCACUUCGGUGACCGGUUCUCGGGAGAUCAAAUCCCAGCAGAGCGAAGUGACCAGGAUCUUGGAUGGAAAGAACAUCAAGUACAUCAUGGUGGAUAUCUCCCAAGAUAAUGCCCUUCGGGAAGAAAUGAGGACCAAAUCAGGCAACCCCAAAGCCAUUCCUCCCCAGAUUUUCAAUGGGGACCACUACUGCGGGUUUACUUUUCUCCCACCUGGCAGGACUACGAACUGUUUGUGGAAGCCGUGGAACAGAACACCCUGCAGCAAUUCCUGAAGUUAGCCUGAGCCUGCUUCUUCCCUGCCCCACGUGAAAAACCUCCCCACAUGAAAACCAUCCAGGACUUGGAAAUUCUGCAUUCCAGAUGGAUCACCUCCUAAGUGAUUGUUGGCUCUGCGGGACCAAACCUCUUCUCCAACUGCCUCUGAAUUGCAUUCCCUCUUUAACUGUGGUCUCCAAAGACCUGCGUGUACCCUCGAAUGCAGCUGGGCCCCUCUCCUCGUGCCUAUGGGGGUAGUAGACUGAUGCUAAUCUUCUAAUUAAGGACCUUGGAAAGCUACCUUUCCCUCCCCUCCCCCUUUUCUUUUUCAAGCUCAGACCACCCUUAGUAUUAAAGGGGGAAGAGCUGGUUGCUUCUGCCCUUCUUAUCACCAUACGUCCUUCAAUGUGCAAAUGUCAGUUCCCCCUAGUUCCUUUUUCAUUUUAACCCAGGAAAGAGAGCAACAGACAUCUGCUCUUGCUGGGAUUAUUCUUUUCGAGCAAUGCAAAAAGUGCUGCACAUAGCUUUGUGCUCCCGUUGCCUUCUCUGCCGGCAGUUAGUGGGGUGGGGGGAGGGAGUGUGUGUAUGUAUCUGUCUUAAAACAUGGUGAUGUAGCUCAGCCUUUCUUAAACUGGUUCUCCAGAGGGCAGCAAGAGCAUUUCUCCUAGCCCAUUAGUGCUUUUUUCCUUGUGCCCCAUCUGGCAAUGGAAAAAAAAACCAUCCCUGCUCCCCAAGAGGGGAAGGCAAUUUCCACUCUAUUUUAGCCUCAGCUGGUUUCCUGCUUCCCCUUUUUUGGAACUGGCUUUUUGCAAACUUGGACCAAGUGCAUUUUCUUUUCUUUUUUUAUUAUUUCUGAAAGCAAAAUUUAAAAUUUAAAACAGCCAUGUUUUUGUUAAGAUGCCAUUAAAUAUUGCUAAAAACCUG